AUGUCAAAAUCAUUAGAACUGUUUAAGCUGGCCCAUGACAUCUACCCUAGUGAUAAAAUUCGGAGCAGGAUAAAGACACUUCAGGAGGCUAUAGAAGAGAUGGCACAGCAAGGCUCAGAGAGUGAGGAUGAAGAUUUUGUCAAUGUCAACAACAGCGGUCUAAUGCUUUUCAAAGAACUUUAUUACAAACUGUAUGAACAUCAGCAAGAGGGGGUUGCUUUUUUGUAUGGUCUCCACAGAGAUGGUCGUGAAGGAGGAAUCCUAG